AUGGCUUGGCAGGCAGGGCGGCCAGAGGGCAGCCAUUAUCCACCUCUGGUCUAUAACGUUCAAUUCUUUCCUCUUUUCGUUUUCAUCAAAGAGUACUUUUUGUUCGGGAAAAGGUGUUGAUCCCAACAUUUUUUCCGUUUCAAAGUCAUGUCAGCGACACGGACAACCUCGAUAACGAUCGAAGGUUCUGGAAAACACCUCUCCGAAGCGAGAAUUUCAUGAAAAACGCGGUUUGAUGAGUCAAAAAGAAGGGUGGGAGUGAAAGCGAGACCGGUAUGAGUUUGACUUUGAUCUCUCCGUUUGAGGACUGACAGGUUUUCUUCAGUGGUAUCGGGAUACUUCAAAGGAUUUACUUUUUUGUUGAACUGGUGAAGUUUUAGUUGAGCUCGCAAAUGAAUUAGCUCAAAAGCUUCUUGAUACACAAUAUUAUUUCGAAUUCAAACUGUAUACCUGUUUUGCCUGUUUUAGAGUUCACGCGCCUGUCGUAUUUAGAUAGUUUAAAAAUAUUUUUCGGUUUUAAAAGGUUUUUUUUGCGUAUUUUUUGAGACGAUACUUAUCUUGUUACCUCGAGAGAUGGGUUAUGAAAAAAUUAAGAAAAACGAGAAAAAAAAAUUAAAAAAACGUCCUGGAUCCGAAGCAGACGCACAAUAUUGACCGGUCGUUCCGCACUGUUGGACCAGUGCCUGGGCUCUUUGGUCUUCUACACUUCGUGGUGAACUAUUUAACGAUUUUAAUUAAGAAUCGCUGAAUAUUAUUUCAUAUCGUUUCAUUUAAUACACUUUUUUUAGGUUCAUCGAAAAAUUUCAUUGAAGAUUUCAUGCUUGGAACUCGAGCAAAACGGAGGACGUUCUUCGUUUUUUUUCAGAGAAAAGGUUAUAUAAUAUAUAUCCUUGUUAAUUUUCCCUUUUACUGUUCUUUCAAACGUUUUUCGGAAAAAGUUUCAAUGUUUUAGAUAAGUUAUUCUUCCAUUUUUCUCUCGAAAUUGUUUCUCAGUUAUAUCUUUUCACGAAAAAGAUGAUUUUCAUGGGAAAGAUAGCUCUAAGAUCCUUUGCGGUCAGGUUCCGAUAGAAAGCGUGGCUUUUCGUGAGAAGACAAUGCGUCGACAGGCGCGGAACAGGAUCGGAUGCGGCGAGAAAACCAUUUCCUGUACUACCCAGCCAACACCUGGGUUGAUCUCCAUUUGGUGCCCAUUUAGUUUUUCUGAUAUUAAAUUUGAAUAACAAGUUUGCGAUCAGCUUUGAUUAUGAAAUAGGUGGAUAUUGAGAGAAGUUCCUACUGGUUUCAGACUUUUUGCGUACCAAUGAAAAUAGAAAGUAGGGAUUUGCGGUAAAGAUUAAAGUUUCAUUUGAAUCACUACUGGUUCACAAUUGCAAUGAGGCGGUUCCAAAAAACAAUCUUGAAACAGCCCGAAAAAUAACAAUUGUUCCAUGAGAAAAGUUUUUAUACAGCUUACAUUUUUACAGCUACAAUUUUUUUGUGGGAAGCCUAACGUUAAAUAAAGUACGACCUUGUGCUGACUUCAGAAUCUUUCGUUUUGCUUUUUGAGGGGAGUUUUUCCAAGAUUUCUGAAUGUUUAUGGAUGGAGGGGUUUUUUUGAGAUUUGGAACAACUGGAAGCGUCUCGAAACUCCAGACAACUGGAAGGCGUUCCUCUUGUUGUAUGCAAGUGUUGCGUGGCUUGUUGCAUAAGCGAGGUUACUUCGGAACGGUUCCAUCGCCUUGAGGGGCGGCCACGGCGAACGAGAUUCCGCAUCGUGGCCACUCGAUACAACGCCACACGAUUCAUUCUUCUCCCCUUCCCCUUUGUUGCUUCUCUUGACGUCAUCUUGCAGAUUGACAAUCUCACCUUCUCAAUUUGUUUCGACGAAUCAUUGUCAGGAAUUAUUUUGUUUUUUAAACCUUUUUUUUGACCUCUAGCUUUUCAUGUCUUUUUCAUAACUACCUCCUUUUCUAACAGAUAAAAAUUAUCUGAAAAGUUUAUCUCAAAACGGAAAUAAAUAUUCCAGUAGGAGUAUUGUCUCUCUUUUGUCACACUAAUCUUUAUCCUGUUCUAGCAUUUUAAAUGAUUUUAUUUGGAAUAAUAAUGUAAAAGUUUCUCCAAAUUGGGUCGCGAAAAGUCUCAGAAUGAGGUUCAGCAGAAAAUAGAAAGCAGCAAAAAACUUCUCAACGCGGCUCAUGGUCUUUUGUCCCAUUUUCGUUCAUUCAAAAGGGAAGUUUUCUGUGCCUCAUAAACCUCACACAAGGCGACGGUUGCGUUUUUUGAAUGUUUUGAAGGAUAAACAUUGAAGCCGUUGCACAAGAUUAGUUAUUCAAAUCUUCUCUUUAUUUUAUACUCGCCUAAAAAUCCGACUUACAUUUGAUGCACAAUGAUUUCUUGUGCAACUACGUUGGUCCGCGGUAGAAUUUUUCUACUGUUUUUCAAUUAAGCUUUUUUUCAGUUGAACGUGUUUUUUUCUCUUUUUUGGCUUUCGAAACUCAUUGAUGACUUUCCUCAUUCACAUACUCCCAGCGCCGAAAGAGAAGUUGCGCGAUGACCACUUAGCCUGUUUUGGCUUCGAUUCCGCCAUCGGCCAUCGAUUUCCCGCGAUAACUCAACGUCUUCCAGGAAUCCAUCCCGAGAGAUGAGCGUGGUCGCAUCAACCUCUCGGGACUACUUCGAAGGCUCGGCACAUCCAGACCUCCGUAGGAGCUACCAUCACCAUUAUCAGAUCCGGGUUAGUUUUUUGAAACAUUUGAGACUUUUGAGUUAUUAGAAUCUUUCUUUCAAACUAUAAAAGUUUUUUUUUGUUGUUUUUCAAACAAAAUUACGGUUCAUUGAGUAGGAUUUGAUGACAUUUCGAAUCGAUGUUGAACCUUACCAAUUGCUGAACGUUUUUCCUACCCUUUUUUGUUCCAACUCUGUUUUCGUCGUCGACGUUUGUUCCAAGUCCCUAAAGAUGUAUUGAAUCUCAAAAAACGAGAUCUAUAUCGAUCAAACCCAUCGUCAUGAUUAGUUUCAAGCUUGAGUCACGAUGUGAUCUCACUAGCUUCCGUUUUUUCAAAAGGUUGGUCGAGUUGGAAAUUUGGAUCACCUGGGUUAGAGAUUCUGGAAAGUCGUGAACGAGCCUGUACUUUCCGCUCUCACAUAAGUAGCCUGGCGCAGUGGCUUGGGGGCUGGUCUCAUGAUUGAGUUUCCGAGGGGUUUGAGUCGUGUCGAGUGGGUAAUUUUUUUAGUAUUUUUUUAUUAAAGACAAAAAAAUUUCUUUAAAGUAAAAAAAUGCGCCCGGCUACCUUUUUGAGAGAGAUAAGCUUUUUUUCACAGGAGCCUGUGGGGCUUAGCAGAUGUCGUCGGGGUGAUUCAUAUAUUGCGUUAAUUUCACUAACGUGUAACAUUAAAGUUUAUUUUUUGAGUAAAAUCAAAGAUUUUAUAACCCAAUCACACAACUCAAUUCACAGGUCCCUCAAAACAGCAUCGAGAACCGAAGGCUGAAAUACGGUCAUGUGGACGACGACAACGUCGAACUAGCCUAUCUCAACUUUCCGGUGCUGUGGGUUUCGGCGUUUUUCACGGUGACUUCGGUAAUCAGCUUCAUCGGUUGGUUCUCUCGAAGAGCUUCUUCCAGUCAGACAUCUUGCAGCGGCAGUCAUCACUUCUCUCGACUCUGACUACAUUCCCUCCGAGCAAGAGCUUCUGCGCGGCUUCGUCCUCAAAUACGGCAGCAGCAGAGUUCGAUGCAACGUUCGUUGUUCACGUAAUCAUGAGAGAGAGAAAAUGGGGAAUAAAAAAAAACGAUUGAACCGACAAAACCGAAAAAUAAUAUUAUUGAAUUAGGUUUUUUGAACCCUUCCGAGAAAAGUCCAAAACUAAAUGCAACACAUUUUUCCAUAAUACUUUCAAAUUCGAUCUCGGCUCUGAACACCGGUAUGAAAUUGAUCGGCUCCAUCUCUUUAUAGUCGUCGAUUCCUUUUCCGGAGCCAGGCCUGCCGUCGAUCCUGAAUCUUUUCGAGCUGAACGUCAUGGGCAACGUUUUAUUUCGGUAUGCGGCCUGCAUCCCGAUGACGAUCCGGGUUUUCCACGCCCACACUGUUCGGUGAGUCUCUCCAUAGAGUUCUGGAGACCUUGGCUCCAAUCUUCAUAGGAACCUGAUGCGCAACGAGAGCAAGUCGCUUUACACUUCGGUCUAUCGUGUUUGCUGCGAUUUGAUGCCACUUCUCACAGGUAUGAAUUCAAUCAGUUAAUUUUUACCUGCCUUGUUGAGGGCUGGAAGUAUUGGCUAUGUCGCUGUGGAGUAUAAUCACGGUGCACGACGACUUCCCAGGUUGUUUAGCCACUAUUAUAAUUACAACUAACCUUUUUGGGUUCUCUCAGUUACGAGUGAAGAGAAACUUACAAUCCGAAAUAGAAAAAAAAGUCUUCUGAAAUAAAUAAAUGGGAAGGAAGCUGCAUAUAUAAAUAAAUGGGAAGGAAGCGUAUCUCUCAGUGAGUUGAGAAAAAAGAAGGUGAAUAAAGAACAGGGAAAAAAAAAGUUACCGACUGUCUGAGAAUUGAAGUACGUACAAAAUAAUGGAAAACAACAACAAUCUGCAUUUUUUACCGACUUUUUCGAUCUCAGAGGCCAAUAGAUUCUGCAAGAUUGCAUUCGCCAUGACGUCAUGCGUCAACAUGCUCACCACUUCGAUCUCUACGUUCAGCUUCAGCUCCAAAAGUCCUCAUGUAAUUCCUUUUGGGAGGUUUUGCAUCUCAACCGAAUUCAGAAGUUGGAUUCUAUUUCGAUCUCGCUGAAAUUGCUGUCAACGGCGGUGUACUGCUACUUGACGCCGCAGUACUUUCAGUUCCACCAGUCGAGCAUCACUUUCCCUCUCUGUCAUUCCUACGGUAACUUUUUGGACGUUUUGGACAUAACUAGGUCGCAACGCUCACUACAAUAUGAGAAAACGGCCCUUGAUGUGCCGAAUUUUCUCUGAAACAAAGGCGCAGCCCGUUUUUGAGACUAGAUCAAAAAGAAUGCGCGUCUUUCUUCAGAUUUUUGAAAGGAACGAAAAGAAAAAAGGGCUUUGAAAAAAAGGAUAGAUUAAAACUUGAAACCUAUUUAUCUUUCUGAUUUUUUUUUUCUUUUCUUUUUGAUUUCAGCUCACCUUUUUCAUCUAAAAAAAGGUAGCUUUGAAAAGCAUCUUACCAAAAUAAUUUUUUUUUAUUGCUUUUCAUAUUUUUCUUACAACAAAAAAGACAUGAAAAUACAUUUAACAAGGACUUCGGUUUCUUUUUUGUUCACAUCUAGUCGAAAUUAAUACAAGCUCUUUUUCACGAACAAAAUAAAUUCCGACUUGCGAUCCGAGAAAUGAGGCCGUAUGCAAGAGCCUUUACUUUAACGUAAACGGGUUUGAAACAUGUAAACUUGAAAAUAAUCCUACCGCUGCAAGUUUUGUAAGCUAGACGUGUUUUAUAAAAGGAUAAAUAUACAAAAGGAUUCAUGCUGAGCAAACGUUCUUUUUUUUGCUUCAAAAUUGGAGCUAAAUACCUUUUUGAAAUGUUUAGUGCCGGAGAUCUUCGCCAUGAUCGAAUACGCGAUGAUCGUGGCGUACGGAGUGUUCCAUCUGACGUCGUUGAUCGACGUCCGACAGACCUCCUUCAUCUGUUACCCUCGGACUUGCGGCGGCGAGUGUGAGCCUCUCGACCCCCGCAACUUCGCCAAAGGCGCCAAAUUUGAGCACUGUCGCGCCUUUGAGUUCAACCAACGUCGCAUCAUGAGCCUCUAG